UAUGUUUUGCCUGCACAAUGUCUAUGCACUGCCGUUUAAUCAUGGAUACUUCCUUUUGCAGAUAUAAACAGAGGGGUAAAGAUGCGGUAAUGGCCAACAAUGUGUUCUUCUACAUCACAUAUGAGGGAACUGUUGAUAUUGACAAAAUUGCAGAUCCAGUGCAACGGCGAGCCAUGCAAGAUCAAAUAGCCUACUUUGGACAAACACCGUCUCAAUUGCUGACUGUCCCUCACAUGAAGAGAAAGUCAUUGAGAGAUGUCUUACAACUGCAGACCAUAUUCCGGAAUCCAAGUGAACUUAAAUCUUAUGUACUGCCUAAUCCAGAACGCUGCAAUGUCCCUGCAAGUACUAUGCUUGUAUCGAAUGAUUCUAUUGUAGUUGUAGAUAUAAAUGUGCCCGCGGCGCAUGUGGCACUUCACCAGUGGCAACCAAAUACUCCAGAUGGCCAAGGGACACCUUUCCUUUUUCAUCAUGGUAGAAAUGCUGCAAGUUCAACAGGUGGUGCAUUCAUGCGUAUGUUCAAAGGAUCCACUAGUUCUGGAGAAGAUUAUGAGUUCCCAAGAGCUAUAGCGUUUGCUGCUUCUGCAAUCCGUAGUUCAGCUAUUGUUGCUGUCACUUGUGACAAAGACAUCAUCACUGGUGGGCAUGCGGACUGUUCGGUGAAGUUGAUCUCCCCAGAUGGAGCAAGGACAAUUGAAAGUGCUUCUGGGCAUCUUGCUCCAGUAACCUGCCUUGCACUUUCCCCUGAUAGCAACUACCUUGUGACAGGGUCUCGAGAUACUACAGUUAUACUCUGGAGGAUUCAUCAGGCAGGCUUUAUACAUAAGAAAAAUCCUCCUGAACCUCCACCUGCAACACCAAGGACACCACACAGCCCUCUUCCUACUAGUCCUAGUAGCAUGAGCAUCCUUUUAGAAACCAGGAAGUGUCGAAUCGAAGGUCCUAUGCAUGUGUUAAGAGGACACCUUGGAGAAGUAAUUAGCUGUGCAGUUGGUCCAGACUUGGGACUUGUUGUAUCCUCGUCAAACAUGUCUGGUGUGGUGCUACAUUCUUUGCGAACAGGUCGGCUGAUAAGGAAGAUUCAUGUAGCGGAGGCGCAUGCUGUAUCCUUAUCUUCUCAGGGAAUCAUAUUGGUUUGGAGUGAAUCAAAGAAAAGAUUAUCUAGCUUCACAGUCAAUGGAGUCCCUAUUGCUACCUCAGUUCUAUCACCUUUUUCUGGGGGAGUUAGUUGCAUUGAGAUUUCUAUGGAUGGUCAUUUUGCCCUGAUUGGAACUUGUUCGUCCAGCAAUUACAAGUGUGAGGACAAUACUGAGGUAGCAGAUCGUGAGCCCAACAAAUCAAGUCGCAAGGUUGAUAUAUCUGAGCAAACUGAAAUCAGGCAAUCUGUUAACGUGCCUUCGAUCUGCUUUGUUGAUCUGCAUAAACUUAAGGUGUUUCAUACACUGGAGCUUGGAAAGGGCCAGGACAUCACAGCAAUUGCAUUAAACGAAGAGAACACUAAUCUUCUAGUUUCUACUGCCGAUAAGGGCCUAAUGGUUUUCACUGAUCCUGCUUUGAGCCUGAAGGUAGUGGAUCAGAUGCUCCGCCUUGGCUGGGAAGGUGACGGACUUCUUCAGUCAUGAGAAAGCCAUCGAUGUUAUAAGUCAUUACUUGCUUAUAGAUUGGUGACGCCCAUUCGUUAGCAUAGGUAGGAGCAGGGUACUGAAGCAAAUGGGUGGAAUAUGUCAUAUGUACAAAACGAAAAAAGCAAUAGGCGUUGCGAGUUAGGCUAGGUCGUAUACUGUAUCCAACUGGUCGUAUAGUCAGAGAUAAAGAGGGAACGCGUAGACUUGCUGAGCAACAGUAUGAUCCUUCUGUUGCGUCAGUUUUGCCUUGUAAAUUCUCGGCCGUUCUGUAGAGUGCGUGAAUAGAUACUUAGCAUCUUUGCCAAUGUAAUUUUGGCUGGUCGCUGCAUACCAUUUUGAUGUGAGUUUUGACUGUUGGCAGCAAUAAUUAAAGAGUGUUGAAAGGUGUUGGACUAA